UCACUACCAUCAAAAUGUUACGACCACGCAUUAUCCGGGCACUGCCGACUCUGCGGAGAUCGAUACACAGACUGCCGCCUCUGGAGAAGUUCCAGGAGGGAAUUCCGGGCCUCCUCACUCAGGAUGGGUUCAGAAUUGCGUGGACCGAGUAUCAAGGGUUGAUGCUGGAGAAGCUCAAUGCCCUCACAGUUGGUUCCGGAGAAGACUACUCGAGCUCGACCAAGAACCUCCUCAUCAAGUACGCGCGCCAGCCAUCAAUGGCGUCCCUCUUCAACCACGCCUCCAUGGCGCACAACAACCACUUCUUCUUCUCCACCCUCUCGACCGACACGACCGCCAUGCCCGCCUCCCUCCAACGCGGUCUCGAAGCCUCCUUCUCCUCGAUCGACACCCUGCGCCGCGAAUUCGUCGCCACCGCCAACGCCAUGUUCGGCCCCGGCUUCGUCUGGCUCGUCAAGACCAAGGAAGGCAAAUACGCGCUCCUCACCACCUACAUCGCCGGAUCCCCCUACCCAGGCGCCCACUGGCGCCGCCAGACAAAGGACAUGAACACCGAGGCCGCGCCUGUGACUGCCGACCCGGCUAAUGCCGCGGAGUACUACCGCCAGCAGGCUAUUGCUAAUAUGCCGAUUGCCAAUACGGUCGGUGCGCAUGGCCCGUUCAGCGCGUCGGCGAAGUCGGCGCCGGGGGGUGUCGAUGUUAACCCGAUAUUGUGUGUGAGCACGUGGCAGCACGUGUACAUGCCGGAUUGGGGUGUGCUGCAGAAGAAGCAGUUCUUGGAGGCGUGGUGGGAUCGCAUUGAUUGGAAUGUUGUGGCGGAUGCGGCGGGGGAUAGUAAGUUCCAGGGCCCGCAGUUCAGGCGGUAAGGGGUGAAUGGAGGGGAGAUGAAGUUGAGUGAAGUUCAGUGAAGUUGAGUGGAGAUUGUAGCAUAUAUAAAAAGGCGUUUUAGGCUUACAUAGAGACGUGUAUAGUAGGCAGUGUACGAAGAGUGUUGGCAUGGUGGUUAUAUUGAGAAGUAUAGAAUUGUAUGAUCAUGG